CGACAUGAGCAACAACUCGUUCUACGGCCCCAUCAACAUGGACUUUGUCGGCAUGGUCCCCAAGCCCACCAGCGGCUAACCAAGCCAGCCGUCAUCAACCUCGCCCACAACUACUUUUACGGCGACCCCAUCGUGUACGCGGGGGGCUUUAAGGCGUGCCCCACCCCCCGCAUCACCCGAAUCAACAUGUCUGAUCUCAAUAGUUUGGGGGAUAGUGCCGGGGGUAGCAAGCGCAGCGAAUCUGACUCGGCUCUAGAGGCUGUGCAGUGCGUUGCGGCGUAUGCGACUGUGCAGGCGAGCUAUAAGGGCAAUUGUCUGUCGGUGAACUGGCAGGUUAAGUGCGCUGUGACGGAGGUGCAGAGGGUGCAGAGGGAGACAACCUCGUCCUCUAUCCCCAUGAUAGCCAUCGUGGGUCUCAGUUGCCUGCUGGGCAUCGCGCUCCUGGCGUCUGUGCUCUGCCUGCUGCUGCGCCCCAAAAAGAAGAAGCGCUGGAGCGACCUGGACGUGUGUCAGCAGUUCUCCAUCGCAACAAUGAGGAAGGCCACCAACGACUGGGCAGAGGAGAAUGUGCUGGGCGAGGGGGGCUUCGCCAUCUUUCUCCCAUCAGUUUCUCCCAUCAGUUUCCCCCAUCAGUUCCCCCAUCAGUUUCCCCCAUCAGUUUCUCCCAUCAGUUUCUCCCAUCAGCUUCCCCCAUCAGUUUCCCCCAUCAGUUUCCCCCAUCAGUUCCCCCCCCAGUUUCCCCCAUCAGUUUCUCCCAUCAGCUUCUCCCAUCAGUUUCCCCCAUCAGUUUCCCCCAUCAGUUUCUCCCAUCAGCUUCUCCCAUCAGCUUCCCCCAUCAGUUUCCCCCAUCAGUUUCCCCCAUCAGUUUUCCCCAUCAGUUUCCCCCAUCAGUUUCUCCAUCAGUCUCUCCCAUCAGCUUCCCCCAUCAGUUUCCCCCAUCAGUUUCCCCCAUGGCGAGUCUGCAUCAUGCACGCCAACCUGGUGCGGGCGAUGGCGAGUCUGCAUCACGCCAACCUGGUGAGGCUACUGGGCUUCUGCCACGACAUGGACAUGGAGAGCGGCAAGCAGGAGCAGAUCCUCGUGUAUGAGUUUGUCGAGCAUGGGGACCUCUCCUUCCACCUCUUCAAGACGCAGAAGCCGCUGACGCUGAGGCAGCGGUUGAAGCUGGCGGUGGGGGCAGCGGAGGGGUUGGCAUAUCUGCACGGCUUUGAGAAUCCCAUCAUUCACCGCGACAUCAAGCCCGCCAACAUCCUCGUCGGGGAUAACCUUACUGCCAAGGUAGCGGACUUUGGGCUGCUGAGGAAGCUCAAGUUUGGGGAGGGCGAGGGGAGGGCGACCAAGGUGGCGGGCACGCCGGGGUAUGUGGACCCGGACUACAAUCGCACGGAGCUGGUUACCACCAAAAGCGACGUCUACAGCUUCGGCGUCGUGCUGCUGGAAAUGCUCAGCGGGCGCCGCGUCACUGUGGAGGGCGGCACGCACAUUGGCAAAUGGGCGACCACGCUGGUGCAGAGCUACUCGCUCGAGGAGCUCAAGGACCGUCGGAUGGACGCCUCAGAGGAUGCCGUCGUCGAACUCGCAGAUCUGGCCCUUGAUUGCAUCAAGAUGCCCGGGAUCCGACGGCCGGAAAUGAAAGACGUGGUGAGGCGGCUGGAUGCGAUGCUGACGGUUCACACGGUGGAGGAGGAAGACGAGAACGUGGUUGGGGAUCUCUUCUCAGCGUUCUCCGUUGGUUCGGCUGGCGAGGCUGGUUCGGCAGGCAUUGGCGGUUCGGCAGGCACGUUUGGUUCAACCACCACAGGUGGUUCGGCAACCACGAUUGGUUCGGCAGGCGUGCCUGUGUCUGGGUCUAAUGCUACAGGCGCGCCGAGCCAAAGGGAUGAGCGGUACAGUGAAAUCGUCGUGGAGAGGGAAGAUGAAUUCAAACGGCAUUCCGUGGAAAGUGCAUCGCAGAGCUACAUCAGCUCCCUCGGUCAAUCCGUCUCUCGCCCCGUCCUGGCCGUCUCGCUUCCCCUCACACCCUCCCCGCAGCCACCCGUUGCUGCAGGAAUGCGCCGAGGGAUCACCAACCGUCUGCUCUGCCUGCGCAACCACAUGCUGCUUGCAGGCCUGCUCAACCGCACCCUCUUAAUCCCUUUCCACCGCUCUGAAACCAUCCUCAACUACGACCUGCACUUAGUGCUCGACCUCGCUUAUCUCAGAUCGUGCAUCGGCCCCACCGUUGAUAACAUUCUGUUGCACUGCCCUGGUCUUGACGAGAUGAGGCGAGAUGAUGGGAGCGGGAGCGGUGGGAAUGAUGACGCUGCUGCUGCUGAUGGCGCUGCUGUUGGUGAUGGUGAUGCAGCUGGUGAUGAUGGUGAUAAUGGUGAUGAUGGUGAUAAUGGUGCUGCUGGUGGGAUGGCAAGCGAUGGUGGGAGUGGGAUGGCAGCAGGCACGCCAGGGGUUGUAUUCGACACACGAGUGCCAGUCUCCCACUCGCUCUUCCGCUCUCCUCUCGUGCAUUUGCCUCCCAACACCACCACCCACGCUGCCAUGCCUGCCCAUGCUCGCCUCUCCACAGCAGGUCAGUGCCUCGCACUCACUUGCUUUCCCACAUGUGUCUGCUUCGUAUACUCACUCGCAUUCCUCCUCUCUUCACCUUCGUACCAGGUACUGCAUGCCUGGGGCAGCAACCCUGCGCCUGUGCUUGUGGUGGGGCCCCACUCAAACCUGCACGUCUCCCAUCUUCCAUCCGCAUUUUCCCCUCCCCUUAAAUCCCGCACUGACCCGCCAGGUGCUGCGUGCCUGGGGCAGCAACCCUCCCCCGUGCUUGUGGUGGCGCAUUGGGUGGUGGAGAGGGUGAGGGAGAGCGGCAUUCAAGAGCUGUUCCUUGCCACCAACGCCAAGCUCAAGGAGCUGCAGGAGCUCACCCGCAAUAUAGCUCGCAUCACUCCCACCAGCAUCACCUUCCACCGCCUUCCACCCCUCACCGGCACCCUGGAUAAACCCCCCGUUAUCGUCACAUACACUAAUGCCACUAACGGAUAUACAGCGCUUCAGACACGGCUUGCGCACUGCACACUGUAA